AUGCAUGUCGCCUGGCCAGUUGACCUGCUUGUCCAGAGACCAUGGAUUGCUGCGUCCUUGGCUGUUGCACUUUUAGCAGCGGUCCUCACUGCAUGGCGCCGCAAGCCCGACAGUCUUGAGCAUAUUCCGUGCUCGGGCGAAGGCACGCACAAACAAAGACUGCAGGAGUACAGAUCCCAUGCAAAAAGACUGUACGGUGACGGCUACAAAAAGUUUCAAUCACUGUACAGAGUGCUGUCGCCCGAAGGUUACUAUGUUUGCGUUCCGUACCAUCUGCUCAAGUCAUAUGCAUCGGCCCCUGAGGACGUCCUCAGUCCCCACGCGCCAUUCGAAGAGUUUGUGGAGGCUUCCAUUACGCAAAUCAAUGUAACGUCUCAAGCCCUCAUUCACUCUGUUAAACGGGACUUGACACCCUCGAUCGGCAAGGUCACGCCCAAGCUGAGUGGCGUGGCUAGGGAUGCCGUGCUCUCCGAGAUUGGACAGUUUUCCGACUGGACAGAGGUCGACAUCCACCACCAGCUGGUCCGCAUAGUGACCAUAGUCUCGGGCUGGAUGUUUGUCGGGCCUGACUUCUGCCGGACGGACGAGUACAUGGACCUGGCAGCACACUACGCCGCCGAUGCCUUUGGCGGCCCGCUGAUCCUGCAGAUGUUUCCCAAGGCGAUGCGCACCAUUGUUGCACCGUUGAUCCCACCGGUCCGCCGAGUCUGGAGGGCCCACCGCCGCAUCGCCGCCCUGCUAGGCCCUGCGAUUAGUCAAAGGCAGAGUGCUAGCCCGGGGAGCCAGCCAGCCCCUGACGACAUGCUUCAGUGGCUUAUUGACAAUCGCCACCAGUUUCCGGACGAGAUCAAGGGAGAUGGAGACAUUGCUCGCCUGCAGCUAUCGUUGAGUGCGGUGGCUAUCCAUACGACAGCCCUGACGGCGACAGCAACUCUCUUCGACCUCGCUGCAGAGCCGGAAAUCAUGAAAGAUGUGCGAGAUGAGAUGCACCGUGUGUUGCAGGAGCAUGACGGCAACAUCACAUCCAAGAUGCUGUUUGACCUGAAGCUUCUGGACGCCGUCUGUAAGGAGUCUCAACGGCUCAACCCAGCUGACCUGCUCUCGGCCCGCCGCAGGGUGAUGAAGCCGUUUACCUUUUCCGACGGCACCGAGGUUCCCGUGGGCACCAUGCUAGCCGUUCCCGUUUACCACAUCGGACGGGACCCUGAGCUAUUCCCAGAAAAUCCUGAAAAGUUCGACCCGUAUCGCUUCACCCGGCUGCGUACCAAGGACGCCGAGGGAGGUGGAAAUCACCUCCAGUUCGCGUCGGUGACGCACGGAACCAUGGCUUUCGGCUGGGGCAAGCAUGCCUGUCCCGGGCGGUUCUUUGCCGCCACCGAGAUGAAGCUCAUCCUGCUGCACAUUCUGCUCAACUACGAAGUUACCGUCGUCCCUGGGCCGGAUGGAAUGAAAAGGUACCCUAAUGUAGAAAUGGGCAACAUGAACAUGCCUGAUUCCAAGCGUGGGUUGCUGUUCAAGAGUAUUGGUGCAUGA